AUGUCUAAUGUUCGUACGUUUCUAGCUGGAGCAUUGGUGAAGGAAUGGGAAGUGCAUCAAAUGGAUGUACACAAUGCCUUUCUACAUGAAGAAUUGGAAGAGGAGAUUUACAUGAAAGUUCCACCUGGGUUUCUGAGAAACAAUUUAGAUAAGAGGAAGUAUGCCUUGGAUAUUAUUUCAGAGACGGGAUUGUUAGGUGCUAAAGCUGCAGACUUUCCGAUGGAGCGGAAUCACAAGCUAGCAGUUUCAGGGGGGAAAAAAUUCGCAGAUGUUGAGAAAUAUAGGCGUCUGGUAGGACGCCUGAUAUAUCUGGUUGUGACUAGACUAGACUUGGAAAAUUCAGUGCAUAUUCUAUCUCAGUUUAUGCGUUCUUCAAAGAAAGAGCAUUGUGAAGCAGCUUUGAGAGUAGUUCGUUAUCUAAAGAAGUGCCCGAGCCAAGGUAUUCUUAUUAGAUUUGAUAGAGCUUUGCAAUUAGAAGGUUGGUGUGACUCAGAUUGGGCAGGUUUUCCAUUAACUCGACAUUCUUUGACUGGUUGGUUUGUGUUACUUGGUUUAUCUCCUCUGUCAUGGAAGACAAAGAAACAACCUACGGGUGGCUACUUGUUUGUCGAAAGCAGAAUAUAG